AUGAAAAAACUCUGCAGUGGAAAUGAAGGAAAGCCAGAAAAAGAGAGAAAGGCAGAAGACAAAUUAGAGCCUGACGAUGAAGGGAAGAUCGAAAAGGAAGAAAAGACUGAUCAUGAGGGGAAGCCAGCAUUUGAGGGGAAGCUAGAAGGUGAGGGAGAGCCAAAUGUUGAGAGACAAGGGAAAAAUGAAGGCAAGCCUGAAAUGCAGAGCAAAUUGGGAGAUGAGGGCAGCCCACAGGGUGAAGGCAAUGCAGAAUCUCAGGCACGGCCAGAAAACAAGCAGUUGCCCGCUGAAAAGCACCUGGCAGAGGAUUAUGUGCCCCGCAAAGCAAAAAGGAAAACUGAUAGGGGAACGGAGGAUUCCCCCAAAGACUCUCAAGAGAAUUUACAGGAUACCCACUUGAGCAGGGAGGAGAUGAUGAGAGAGUUUGCAGAUAUGUCAAGGGGUCAGGAAGAGCUAAGGAAAAAACAGAGGAUAAAUAAUUUUUAUUGGAUGCAAAGAGAGUUAUUGGAUGCAUACCCACCAAGAGGCCCAAGGGGUGUCAGGGGAAUGAGAGGUGGCAGUAAGGGCCAAAGAGGCUUGCCAGAUAUCCCAUAUCUUUAAUGCGUUUGGUCUUCUAUCCAGACUUCUCUGAUGAGGAUACUGCUGGCUCUGCUUCCCUUGGUAGAUACUUGCCAUGCCCUGUGGUUUAACCUUAAACUGAUACUUUGCUCUAGGUGUCACUCUCCUUCCCACCUACUGCGCUUUGUCUUUUGUCUUUUGGUACUGGAUUUUCUCCCAUGUGCAUGGAAGAGAUGUUCAUGGUAUGUUGCAAAAUAAUAAUAAAAAUGAAGUUUGCAGAACCA